GUUUGCCGGCUGAUCAUUUUACAUAAUUCCCGAAAUUUAAAUAAAAAUUAAUAAUAUAAAUUUUAAUUUUAAACAUUGUAUUGUUUAUAUUAUUAUUGAUAUAUAAUAAUAAAACUAUUUGCAAUUAUUUAUUUAAAAAACAACGGUUUAAAUUUUGUAAAUUAUAGCGUGUUGUUCCUGUGACCAUUUUUUAUAAAAUUCUUAACCCUUUAAAAAAUGUUUGAAGCACAGGAAAUUAACGCAGAACACAAAGAUUUGAUUCACGAUGUGGCGUAUGAUUAUUAUGGGGACCGAAUGGCGACUUGUUCGAGCGAUCAAUACGUAAAGGUUUGGGACCAUAAUAAAGACGGAAAAUGGACUGAAACCUCGAGCUUUAAGGCUCAUAGUGGGUCUGUGUGGAAAGUAACAUGGGCUCACCCUGAAUUCGGUCAGGUUUUAGCCACUUGUUCGUUUGAUAGAACAGCCGCUGUUUGGGAGGAAAUUGUUGGGGAUACCCCAGGUCCUGGUGAAAGAGGGACAAGACACUGGGUUAGAAGAACAAAUCUGGUGGAUUCUAGGACUUCAGUUACAGAUAUUAAGUUUGGCCCAAAAAUACAAGGUUUACAAUUGGCCACAUGUUCAGCAGAGGGCAUAAUUAGAAUAUAUGAAGCCCCUGAUGUAAUGAAUUUAAGCCAAUGGACGUUACAACACGAAGUUCAGUGCAAAUUGGCUUGUAGUUGUUUGAGUUGGAAUCCAAGUUUAUCAAAAAUGCAACCUCAAAUGCUGGCUGUGGGAAGUGAUGAUGCCAAUCCUGCAAAUGGCGGUAAAGUUUUUAUCUAUGAAUACAGUGAAAAUACAAGAAGAUGGACUAAAUUGGAAACCAUAAGUUCCAUUACAGAACCAGUAAAUGAUAUUUCCUUUGCACCAAAUUUGGGAAGGAGUUUUCAUUUACUGGCAGUUGCUACUAAAGAUGUCAGGAUUUUGCAUUUAACACCUGUGGAAGAUGUGCAAAGCAUACAAAGUGGCCUGACAAAAUUAGAAGUUGAAAGUGUAGCACAAUUUGAAGACCACAACAGUACUGUAUGGAGGGUUUGUUGGAACAUCACUGGAACCAUUUUGGCAACUAGUGGUGACGAUGGAUGUGUCAGAAUGUUCAAAAUGAAUUACAUAAAAUCUUGGAAACCAGUGGCCGUGCUAAAAGGCGACGGCUCUCAUGUGACCAGCGAGCCACAAAAAACAGCCCAAGCAAUUCCGAGCGGUUUGCAAAUGCCGCCCUUAUCUCAAACUGCAAGGUAUUUUAAAUUGGGAUCAAUUUCGCAACCGCGCGAUGUGCCCUGGCAUUAAAUCAAUGUUGUUCCUCUUUAAUAAUAAAACGCGCGCUUUUUUUCAAUGUUCAUUUAAUUUUUAAACUGUUUUUAUUUUUGUGAAGUAUUUUUACACUACUGUAAUAUUUUCUAUGAAAAUGUAAAUGGCUGAAUAAAUUCGUUUUUAUGUCCAA